CCCGACUAAUACAAACACACAAACACGCUCGCCAAAUUCGCAAACGGGAGAAUUGAGCAACUAGAGGUUAGUUCGACGGUACGGUGUUCGUCAUUCCUACAGGUGUGUGCGCGAGAUCAUUCAAUUCCAAUUUGGCUGGUCUGACUGGCCUGGCGCUUGGCUGCAUGGGGCUACAAUCUCUCGGCUCGCCUCAUUCGUGGUGCAAAUGCCGAACCGAUCAGACUCAGACUGACAGAGCGCUUUGGCUGCUCGCGCUGGCCGUCGUCUCCCGUCCGUCGCCGUCCGUAUAGGUUUGUCGUCGUCGUGUCCGUCGCCGAAAAAAUCGUACAAAACUCGGGUUAAAGUGCAUUUGAGGGUUAUAUUUAUGCAAUUGCGGUGUAACUGUGUGUGGAAGUGAGUAAAAUGAAUGGAAAAUCGUGAAUAUCGAGGGUGGAAAAGUGAAAACACGACCCGAUUUCACCCCAGUGAGCUACACCGUAUAGUGGAAAGAAUAAGAAGAUCGCAAUCCAUCCUGCCUGGGUCGUUCGUUCAGUGAGGUGUGUAUAGUGUUAUUUUUCCUCCCAACCUAACUGAGCACGCAUACCACAGUGAGCGCGAGUUGUGAAAGAGAAGAGCAGGUUUUCGGGCAUGGGGGUGUGAGUGUUUGCGCGACUCACCUGUCAACUUUCUAUGCCCAGCAAAACAGUAAACAACAACAACCACCGCCGCCGGAUUGCAGCGCUGUCAUAAGGCGCUAGGAGGAGUAAUAGUUUCUGGAAGCCGCAACUGAAGAGCCGACUGCGUAGAAUGAAUGAAUGAAGUGAGUUGUUCAUGUGUAUGGGUGUUUAUGGGCAAAAGUUUAUUGCUGUUUUGAUUAGGAGCUUGACCGGACCGGAUCAGGGGUGAUUGUCCACCCCCUUUUAUGCUUCAGCUUUAUACGGAUCGAGACAUGAGAAGACAACAAACAGUUCCAAUUUCCAAAGCUAUCGUUUUCGCCGGAUGAGGAUCAUCUUGCAGAAAACGAGAUUCCUCCUGUCGGAUCCGACCGUUGACGGGCCUCUUUUGGUGGUGUGUGAAUUGAUCCCGGAGUUUGCCCUGGGUACGAUACAGCAUCACUUGCGUCCAGACUAGGGCAGCCGCGUAGUGAUUGGCACUUCAUUAAUUCUAAGUGAGUGAGGAAAAGCAUUUUCCGACCCAUCGUCGUCGCGAGCGUGACAAGCCAAGUGUCUAGCAGUGUGUAAUGUGCGUCGGUCCGGUCGCGAUGCCGCACCGUCUGUUGUCGAUGCGAUUGGCAGUGUGGUGAGUGAAAAGCGUGUUUUUUUUCGGUACACAAUCGUAUAAGUGGAAACCAAGCGUAGAUGUAAUCUUGGUGAAAGAAUACGGCGUUUAAGCGAAACAGAGAGAAGCAAACACAGUGGAGAAGAUUAUCAAUGUUGUGCUGGGAAACGGUGUUUAACCACUACUGGGUGAGGGGUUUUGGUGUGGCAGAUCCAUGUUUGAUUGAUUGAAACAGCCUAAGUGGGAUUGAGGCGUUUAGUGGAAAGUGAUAUCUAUCAAUCGUAGCAGUAGCAGUAGCAGCAGCAGCGGUAGCCACAAGAUGCACGAUUUAUUUACAACGGUUCUCUCGAAGCGAGAUUUGUCGCGGGCAGGAGAACUGUUUUCGGUGGCAGAUUUGGAGAUUGUUAACGAUCUGAGUGAAGUGCUUGAGGAAAUCUCGUCCAUCAUCAGUCACGAGGACUACCUGCAGAACAGCAACGACCAAUCGGUGAUCGAAAUCUGCAUCAACCGGGUCACGUCAUGCAUCAAAAAGACCAACACCAUCGAGAAGCACUGCUCGGGGCUGGUGGGCCUGCUGGAAACCUGCCUCAAGUAUAACCUGCAACCUUCUCGGAAGGAAGCGGAUCCACCGCAUGCAAAAAUAUCUUCCGACAUCAUUUCCAGUAUAUUUCUUAAUUAUAACAAAAAGCAUGUGAUGGAAGUAACACUGCCAGUAGCCGUAAAGUUCUUGAACAAAGGUAACCUGGAGCUGUCCCGGAAUUUGGCCAGUUAUUUAUCCUCAGCAGCCAUUGAAUAUUCGUACCUACUUUCGCCGCACGUAAAACUCAUCUUAGAAUCCCUGCUCAACGGAAACUAUGGCUUAUGCCACGUGCUGUCGCAAAUCUACGACGCCGCCCCGGAACCGAUCAAUGCCGAAGCGAAACGCUUCGUUGAAAUCAUUCCCAAAUGUGAACUCCAAGAGCAGAUUGUGAUCCUGCAACUAUUGGUGGCCGUUGCCAAAAGUAAACCCUCGUCACUGCUGGACAGCAUUCCGCAGCUGUUCGACCUUGCUCAGAAACCUCCCAUCUCCACGGCCGUAAUGUUGGUCAUUCUGAAACUAGCCGAGUACAAACCUAUCAAAAUGAGUGAAUACACCGAAUCGGUGAGAAACGUUGCUCAAACGGUGCCGCAAACCGUGGGAUUUGCAGCGCAAAUCCUUUCAGCUAUCGGGAAAUCCAGCAAAGAUCGAGCGCAGGUCGCUUUGGACUUUGUACUGGAGUAUCUACCGAAGGCGGAUCGAGCCCUACAAACGAUCCUUCUGAACGAAGCGACCAAGCUCUGUACCAAAUACCCCGUCCUGUUCACAGACAAAGUAACUUCGGUGGUUCGCCAGCGGCGACUUAACAACGGCAACCAGAUCAAACAGACCCCCGGAGGCGUCACCAUAGUCAAUCUGAAUUCGUCUGCGACGCUUCCAGUGACGACUACGACGGCAUCCAUCACGACGCCACCGAUCCUACUCGAUACUCGACCGAUCGUGUCCAAGACCCCGAAUGUUGCUGUUAUUAGUAAUAGCGGAGCGACGACUGCCAACACUACCAUUAUCAAUACUUCCAAUGGGACAACUACGACCUCGGCAUCGAUUCAUCCGGCGCUGUUGACGAACUUUAUGAACUCCGCAAAUGGAAUACCGGCGGUUGUUAAUGGGGGACCAAUGGUGCCACCGACGCCUCCACAUACCGGUUAUACUCGACGGGCCAAACUGGGAGAUUCUCGAAGUACUGGACGACUGCACGCCGGUGGUGGAGGGAAUAAGAGCAUGACGCGGUUAAACAUUGCCGGUGGAUCGGUGGGAGGGCUGCACAAAUCGAUGACCCGACUCAGUUCGUCGCAGCUACUGGGACAGUACAAUGGAGAUGAUCCCGGCAAGCAACCCAACGGCCCGGGUACCGGAGCCGUCAGUACCGCAGCCAGCGGUAUUAGCGGCGGUGGCGGAAUCGAUGGAAGCAGCGCAGGUGGUGGUUCCAACUCGAAUAGCAAUAUCCUAAACAGUCAUUCCAGCGGCAAUGUGGCCAUUGCCUUCGCCAACAAAAACAACAGUGCCCAGAACUUUGCCUCGCCGGUGCCACCACCCUUGAGUCAGCACGUGAUGAUCACCGGCGAGAACAAGUGGGGCAUUCCGCAGACGAAGAUCACUUCGGGCGGUGUGACGGUAACGACAUCACCGACGCGGGCCCAGAGACCAUACUCGCAAGGUCCUAACACGUUGAUGGGGUCGGCGGGAGCUUUGGGCAAGAAUUCACUGGGAGGGUUGAACCAGUCAACGGGAUCGAUCGGGAUGGUUCAGGUGCAUCACGCUUCUCCGGCUUCGCCAACCAUGUUCAACAACCAUUCCCAGCAGACAUCACCCCAGCUGACGACUUUGUCGCUCAACUCGAACGAAGAUCCGAACAAUCAGGUAAGCGUCUCCGGGCCGGCCACGGUUACUUCUCGAAGGAACGACAACCGUAGUGUGACUCUGUUGAACGCAAGCAGUGCCGUCAACCAACGAAUGAGCGUCUUCGAGCCGUACCCAAUGCGAGACACAAUUCAGCACUUUUGCGAAAAACACUUGGAUAAAAUCAAAGCUUUUACGGAGAGCGUUGCCCAGAGAUUACCCCCGCCGGCCAAGUGUAUCAUCGAAGAGCGACGAGCGAAAAAGAUGGCCAAGCUGCACUUUGCGUGCCAGGUCCGCGGACCCCAUUGUCUGUACUCCCGAACGAUGUUCACCAUGCGAACGCGGAACCCUCGGACGUGGAUCCAUCUGAUGUUCCUGGACCUGCAGGCACGGGCACCGCAGAACGCUUUGAGCAGUUGGGACCCGAGCGUGAGUCGACUUAAGCACUGCUGGGACACGUUGAAGUGCGAGAACAAGACAUUCAUUACGCUAGUCACCAGUGCGUUCCCGAACGUGAAGGAACAGGAAACGCUGAUCAACGAGCUGCGCAACGCCGGGUUCUUCGAUGUGUUCGAACUGGGAGCGGCGAGUACGCCGGAGGGCGCCAGCAGUGAAGAUUUGCAGUUUCAGUGGGGCUGUUUCCUGUGCAACCAUCCGGAGAAGGCCAUGGGAUUCCUGCACGGAAACACCCAACCCGUAAUUGAGGGACAACUCAAGGAAAAGAAAGGCAAAUGGCGCUUGUUCCGCCGGUGGCGCACUCGGUACUUCACUUUGUCAGGAGCUCACCUCUCGUGCAAGGGUUCGACCGGAGGCGAAAGCAUAGACGUCAACCAGAUCCGCUCGGUCAAGGUAUCCCGAGGGGCACGAAAUAUCCCUAAGGCGUUCGAAAUAUUCACCGGCGACCAGACGUUGAUUCUGAAACCGAAAGACGGCAACAAGGCUGAGGAAUGGGUCCAAUGUCUGAGCAUUGUGCUGGCACACUCACAGGCACGCGAUAGCCCAACGACUCGAACCAAUAGCCUUCCCGCCCGAAGCCUCGGUAACAGUCGAAACGUUUUCUGAGAUACAUAUCACAACCACUCUAGACUUAUCUACUAGACAAGUUACACAUUAAACUACAAAAGCAAAGCAAAAAUCGAGGAAAAAAGACUUGAAAACAGAGAUGAAAAGUAAUAUGAAGAAUAUAUCAUGUACUUAAUGCCAACAUUUCCUUCCAAUAACUAUACCUAGUAACUGUGUUAAGCAUAUCAAGAACGAUUUAAAACAACCGAGUUGUUACUUAAUUUAUCGACAAUCGCAAAGCAGAUAGAGAGAACCCCGUAUUUUAACUAGCCACGUAAGGAGACAGAUGAGAAACAACCCCCAACAAGCCAAGCAACUCACUAAUGUGUCAAUUUAGAAUUGAUUUCAGCGGAAACCGAAGCAACUGUUCAGAUGGAUCAUAUCUAGACGGUUUUCGAUUUUUAUUCAUCGACGUGUUGCUUUGAAUCCACAAAACUAAGGAAUGAAAUAUCAAACUCAAGGUCUAUAUUUAUUGCCAAUAUUUUCAUACAAUAUACAAUACGAAACAAAAAAUAAAAGGAAAUUUGUACUAGCUACUAGCCUAACAGAAACACACACAAACACAGAUAUUCGUGCGAAGCUAUUGACUAGUUCGUAAGCGAGGUGCGAUUCCGGACCGGAUCGCAAGGCAAGACGACAGAAGGAUUACCUACCUACUGAAAUUUUGAUAUAUUGUUUGUUAAGUUUUUCGACCUUAUACUCCGUCUAUGAAAUAGUUCUGUUUUUUUUGCUAUUAUCUACUUGAAGAAUAGGAAUCCAUGAAUUCAAAUUCAAGCUUUUGUCGGGCUGAAACCGACAGCAGAUUAGUUUAUUUACUACUUAGAUAUUAUUUAUUGAAAUAUGCAAAUGAAGAAAAUUAAUCCUAA